AUGCGAGAUAAACAAAUGAGCCUACUUCCUCACAGACAGGCCGAUGAGAAUCUCCUCCCAAGGCUUGGAAAGUACUUGAUGAUACUCUGUGUGAUUCUACUUAUGAUACACACAUACAGGAAGAUGAAGAAGUGGCUAAAAAGCCGUUUUGAGUUUGAUACAGCAAGUAACCUAUCUGAGAACGGCAAAAUAUGA